AUACCGUAGCCUCAAGCAGUUCAAUGUGGACAUCUGCCAGACCUGCUUCUUGACGGGACGAGCCAGCAAAGGCAAUAAGCUCCAUUAUCCCAUUAUGGAAUACUAUACAAUGACCACUUCUAGUGAGAACAUGAGGGACUUUGCUACCACCUUGAAGAACAAGUUCCGUUCAAAGCAGUAUUUCAGCAAGCAUCCCCAGAGAGGAUACCUGCCAGUCCAGUCAGUGCUGGAGGCAGACAUUGUUGAAACGCCAGCCUCUUCUCCGAUGUUACCACAUGCUGACACCCAUUCUCGGAUUGAGCAUUUUGCUAGCAGGCUUGCAGAGAUGGAAAGUCAGACUUCUUCUUUUUACAAUGACAACCUUUCUCCAGAUGAUAGCUUGGAUGAAGAUCAGUAUCUUUUGCGCCAUUCCAGCCCUGUCACAGACCGAGAACCUAUCUCCAGCCAACAGGCCCAGAAUGGCACCAGGACAGAUGAUAAAGGAGAAUUGGAAAGAAUUUUGGCCCACCUGGAGGAUGAAAACAGGAUCCUUCAGGGGGAGCUGAGACGUCUGAAGUGGAAGCAUGAAGAGGCAGCCGAAUCAGCAGAAGGAGCUCCAGAAACAGCGCAGGAUCCACACAGCGAAGAGCUAUUGGCAGAAGCCCGGAUUCUUCGACAGCACAAGACCCGCUUGGAGACCCGGAUGCAAAUCCUGGAGGACCACAACAAGCAACUGGAAUCUCAGCUGCACCGCCUAAGAGAAUUACUUCUUCAGCCACCAGCAAAUUCCAAAGAAGAAGGCUCUGCCACUUCAACUGUGGCUUCCUCUCCCCAACCGUCAGAAGAGAGUCAGCCUAAGGAAAAAGAUGCUAGUACUCCAAACACAGAAAUGGCAGAUGAAGUAGAGGUAAAUUCCCAGGAUGUCAGCCUGUGUCUAGAAGAUAUCAUGGAGAAGUUGAGGAAUGCUUUUCCCAAUUCUGGAGGACAAAGAUCUAAACCCUUGGCCUUGUUGAAGAAGUCUUUCAAGUUCUCCUAGAGACUUAGAAUUGGCAGCUGCUGGUCCAACUUCCCUAAUCUAACACCUCCUGAAGGCAAGAGGCUUUGUCUAACCAGUUCUUUGGCAACUGCUAUUCUCUUUUCUCCUCACUUCUGUCUUUCCCUCAUGUGGUGGGCUUCACCCGCAUCCUCAAUGGAGAGUUAAUCAGAAUCUGUGCAAGCUUUGACUCCCUGGAGACGACUGCUUAGUAACUCCAGAGUGCUUGCCAGAAGAGUGAUCCAGGAGCAGCCAGAGUUCAGAAGAAGUCAAAACCUGGUGCCAAGAGAGGCCCGGGUUCCAGGGAACUCUGGAAGGGUACAUUGAAGGUGAGGGGACAAAUCUUUCUCAACAAAACACAAAGAAACGCCAGUGGUGUUUUCUCCUCUACAGUCUGAAUUGUUGCCUUUUGUGAGGUCAGUCUGGAGCUGAAGUGACCUACAGAGGAUUUGGCCCAGCCUGUGGUCAAAUAGUGGUUUAAGGUAGCAGAGACUGGAGUUAGUUUCAUAAGAACUGAUUGACAGAUAGAUAUAAAAAACACGAUUUAAGAACAAGAGAAGAAAAUUAUGUUUAGAGUUUAGUGUAUUGUGAAAUGAACUUGCAAGUGACUGGGUAUUUCCAUAUCUAACACGCUCAGUGGAAAGUGACGGAACAGAUCGGAAGAAAUCUCACAGAAAUAGAAGAGAGAGAACAGAUUUUGGAAACACAUCGUUUUAGCAGCAGCAGCAGCAGCCUUAUGAGUGAUAAGCUUUAUAACAAAAAGCCUUAUAGUUUUAUUUGGGGGUGUGUGUCUACACAAGUGCACGCACGUGUGUGCGCACGCACACACAUAUAUAAAUACAAUGUUAUCUAUAUUGUAUUUAAGUGCUGUCAUGGACUCCAUCAUGCAUUAAAUUCUAAUUCCUGGUUGUGUGUUCAUUUUGGCUUGCCUCUUUUGAUCUGUUUCAAAUGCUGAUGCUGCUGUUAGGUUUGGUUUCUGUUUUUAACGUACUGAAAGGAAACUCUCUGCCUGCUCCUUUUUGCUCUAGCAGGGUUUUCAAAAAGGCUAGCUUUGCCUGCUUCCUUUUGGCACUGGAUUGCUCUCCCUCGGAAUGACUUUGGAGCAGGGAGUGUUGGGUGGCUGGCCUUUUUUUCAUCCACUGAUUUAUUUGCACAUUGUGACAUGGAACCCAUGGCCGUGGAUCAGCUGAGGCCAUGCAAAGUGCAUGGGGUGAGCUGUUCUCCUGCACCUUCACUCAGUAUGGAGUAAAUCAUACAGUUAAAUCAUAAUUGACGGGAAUGCUAUCCACAGUCUUGUGCUUAUGGAACCCCUUGCAUAUUUUAUUUCUGUCCUGCAAAAUUGCAGUUGGUCAGAAGGACUGAGAAGAUGUGCCCAAGAAAACAUAUGCACACACUGGAUAAAUGUUGCACGCUUAUCGCUGCUGGCGUGUAAAUGUAAGACAACAUGGUCCUUCUUGGAAUAAUUCAAGACAUUUUAAGUUUCCACUGACUUGUAAUAAAUACACGUCGAUGUGUGAGAUCGCGAGAUGGAAAUGUUAUCUCCAGUUUCUCCCACUAAGAGAAAGGCACGGAUGGGUGGUUUUUGUGAGAGUUUCUACAUUCAUCGAGGUAAAGAAGAGAACGAAAUAGGCAAAAGUGUUUGUAUGCAAAACAAAAGUUCAGGCAGGUAGAGAUUAUGGUCCAGGCAAGUCUGCUUCCUGUGGUUGCAUCCUGUGCCAGUUUUGGUGAGUGUGGAAAGCGUGCACCCACAUCAGCCUGAGAUUCAGUGUGCAUCUUGUCACAGUAUUGACACAUUUGUACCAGUCAGGAGCAGCAUUGCAGAUAAUGGUUGUGUACCACUUUUCGGUUGAAAGUGAAACCGAUUGCCAUCUUUCUGACUCAUUUGUCAGAUUUCAUCCCUUACUUGUUUCUGGAGAUCUGCUAAAGCGGUUGGCAUCCCACCGCUCAACAAGGUCCUCUGAAGGUGUGCAUAUAUUGCUUCUGUUCAGUGGGAGGGCAUGUAUGACAAAUUUUCUGGAGAAAAAGGAGGCAACGAUGGCUGUUGGAAUAUUUAGGCAUCAGGGAGUGUGUAUUUACAACCCUGAAUUAAAGGCUGACAAACCUUGAAUUAAAUAUGGGUUAGUUGGAGAUUGUGGACUAUGAUUUGUUGUAAAGCAAACAUCAGUUAUACAACCUGGUUUUCAGUCAAGUAUGUUGGAAGGUUUGCAUAGCAUGGAAUUUAAUGUGGAGGGUUUGGAGCAGGUUCUCUGUAUAUAGCAUUUAACUUUGCAGAGCAUGGAUUGAAGGGCAUAUCUGUUCAAAAAGAAGGUGCGCUUUUUGAGGACUCUCUUAGAAAGUUGCACGACUUUGGGCGCUCUUAUGUUAAAGUUGUUGCUUUAGCAGUAGAAACUACACCUUGGGUUUUAGUUUUCAGUUGAUGGUGCCAAGAAUGGUUCUGUCGCUUGCCAGUUCUUCAUUAUAACACUGUGUAUUGUUAAGAAGGCUACGUAUGUCGAAAAUAGUGUAAGCCGGGAAGAAUGCCGUAGCAUGUAAGGUUGCAUUAUAAAGUGGGGGAGGGUGUUAGUAGAUUGGGGCAGCAUGUUGAAUAUUGGGUAGGGUUCCAUGGAAGAAAUAUUUAAAGAAGGUCUGUGAUGGUGGUAGCUAUGGAAGGAGGCAAAUUGGGUCGGGAGGGUUGUCUGGAUUUGCAGACACUCUGCAGGAGGCUGUGUUGAAUGGGAGCUCUAACGAGAGAUGUUAUGCCAGCCUCUUGGAACUGAUGCCUUUUGGAUGUGUUAGGCUUCAAUUCCCAUUAUUCCACUCCUGCACCUGGCCAGCCCUAUCUAUAUUUCACAUUUUAAACCAUGGUUUUUCUCCAGGGAAACCUGAGCAAUGUCCUUCCAUAAGAGCCAUAUGUUUUCCUGCUACUUGUUUCCUACCGAUCUAAUAGAGUUUCAGUAUCAUGUGUUUGCAACUGGUCUACAUUCCCUUUCUAGAUGCUUCUUGAAGUUACUAGGAUUAGGAACCAGAAGUUGGCUUGGGAAAUGUAAUGUUACAAAGGUUUGCUUAACUUUGUGAAUAAAGGUUUCCUUGAACUCCUAAAGGAGGGAGGAACAUAAUCUUCCUUUGUCUUGUCUCUAGCGGUAGGUGACUGAGUACUAUUUUCAGCAGUUCCCAUGAAGAAAUUACUUUCUAGGGACCGUCUCCUGAAAGUCAGCCUAACAUUCUUCCAUUAACCCAGUUACUAUGAUUGCUUUCUUCCAUGAUGCUCUGGGAGAGCAGAGGACUUCCGUCACUAAUUCCUCCUGGCAUUCGUAGUAUUCCUAUUCAUAAAUGUUAACCUACAUCUCUCUUAUCCAAAGUUGCAUUCAAUUUAAUACAAAGCCAACAAAUAAGAUCAGAUUGGACUUUCUUUUUCCCCUCACUCCUCUAUUUAGGAAAAAAAAAAAGCACUUUUGAGCACUGCAGAAUUUGGGUUGCCUUUUAAAUGUACGUUUAUUUUCCAGUUUUCAAACAGUGAACAGGGGGUAAAGUGUAAUUAUUUCUGAAAGGACUAAAGGAUGUAACACUUGGUGGUGCCCUUCCAAUGCAUGAUUAGGCCUGAUCCCUACUAUUACGUGUGCCAUUGCCAGCACCCAAUUCUCUGGAGAUGCAGAAUCCAUUGCAAGAGCUCUCCUUUGACCUUCCAGGGCUCCUUUUGUGGACCAUCCACAGAAGAGGAGCAGCCAAGAAUAAACUCAGAGCUUGGACAGAUUGGUGGUGGAAUGAGGGGAGGGAUCUCUGGGUUAAAGCAAGUGAAUGUGGGACCAAAUAUGGGAGGGUUUCUUUCUCUAAAGAUCGGGAGCUAAACUAAUCUUGACAGGUUAUAAUGUCUUCACUCAAGUCUUCUCCAUUUCUUC